CAACAGCUGACGAAGCAAGGAGCAAGGUACUGCCGGUGACUGGUGUCACGGCUACUUGACCUGUUUUUACUGUCUCGCUGGUCCCAAAGACUGUCAGCGGGAGGCGGGCUGCAGCGUGCCAAGAUGUUCUUCAGAAGUUUCUUUCGACAUUUCAACGAGUUUGGAGUCGUUACUUUGUACAACCAUGGCGUUCGGGGAAAAAGACUGAGAGCAAGGUACUUGCUAGCUGCGAUACCAGGCCUUGGUUUCAUCGACUCCAUGAAAAAGAAAACGUGGGGUGGCAAUGAUAUUCUUUUCAUGGCUGAGACGAUCACGGAACGUAAGACGCUGGAUGAAAACCCACAAGAUAUGAAGACGAAAAUGGAACUGCUUAUCAUGAGAAUCCAGGCGGAACUCUGCCGAGCGUUGGAGGCCGAAGAAAGUGAUGGUACAAAAUUCCUAGUGGAUCGUUGGCUUCGGAAGGAAGGUGGUGGAGGAGUUACAUGCAUCAUUCAAGAUGGCGCUGUGUUUGAAAAGGCUGGGGUAAACAUUUCAGUUGUUAAAGGAUCAUUACCUCCUGCUGCUGUCCAGCAGAUGAAAGCCAGAGGAAAGAAGUUCAAAUCUGAAGGCGAUCUUCCGUUUUUUGCUGCUGGUGUUAGUUGUGUCAUUCAUCCCCGCAACCCCAUGGUACCAACAAUUCAUUUCAACUAUCGCUUCUUUGAAGUAGAGGAGUCAGAUGGAACACGCCAGUGGUGGUUUGGUGGAGGUACUGACCUGACCCCGUACUAUCUCAAUGAGGAUGACUCUCGUCAUUUUCAUAGAUCUCUCAAAAAGGCAUGUGAUGCUCAUGACAAAACAUACUAUCCUAAGUUUAAAAAGUGGUGUGAUGAUUAUUUCCACAUCACACAUAGGGGUGAACGGAGAGGUGUUGGAGGCAUAUUUUUUGAUGAUAUUGAUUAUCCAUCUGAAGAGAGUGCAUUCAAAUUUGUGACCUCUUGUGCUGAGGCUGUCAUUCCAUCCUACCUUCCUCUAGUGAAGAAACAUAAAAAUGAUGCUUAUGGCUAUCAUGAAAGACAGUGGCAGCUGCUUCGCCGUGGAAGAUACGUGGAAUUCAAUUUAAUUUACGAUCGAGGAACUAAAUUUGGGCUCUACACUCCUGGUGCCCGAUAUGAGAGCAUACUCAUGUCUCUUCCACUAGUUGCACGAUGGGAAUACAUGCACAGUCCCCCGUCUGACUCAGCUGAAGGUAAAUUGAUGGAAGUCCUUAAGAAUCCACGAGAUUGGUUGGGUGAAGAAGGCAAGACUUCAUGGAUUUGAAGAGGUUUCUAACUCUUCCUUCAUAAUCACUUCUUUAUUAAGUUUCUGUUUGUUUGUUUUAAUUUUUCAUGAUUCCCCACCCCCAUUAUGUUGUUGGUAUUCUUCCUCCUUUAAUUUUUUUUACCCUUUCAAUGGUUUUACUUGUGUAUAGUGAAGCAGAUAUAUUUGAGAUAUAAACUGCGCAUGACCUGUGUACCAGUCUCAAACAGUUUUAAAAUGAUGUUUUUAUUGUUAUUGAAUAGGCUAUGAAGUAAAUGACUGACUGCUUCAAUCUUCCGUUCUGUAUAGCUUAGUACUUAAAGAUUGUAAGAUAAGACUAUGGUGCCUGAAUUUUAGAAAAACUAAAGAAAAGAAUUUUGUGCCUCUCUUUAUUUGUAAGUAAGUAACACUCUUGUUUGUCAACAAAAGUUGUAAUAAAAGAAGGGACUUUGUAUUUUUAAAACUGAA